AUGGACAAAGGCAGAUUCGCCGUUUAUCGAACCGUUGAUGUCAACGUCGUGGACAUCGUAGAUCGACUAGGGAAAGGAAUCACAGGCAAAGAAAAGCACCAUGACAUGUGGCAUGCCAUCCCCGAAUCUUUCAUCGGCUCAACACCAACACAAUUAAUCCACCACCACCGCUCCCGCUCCAAAUCCCUCAACCAGUCACUCCUCGUUAUAGCCGAUCGCCAAGAUCUAGCAGCCGAAGGCCUCCUGGUCGUAAAUCUCGAUUUCAAAGGCUCGAUUGAUGCGCUCCGCCAGAAGAUCUUCUUUGCAGGGGAUUUCGUGCCGUCUGUCAAUAUUGGCAAUACGCCAUGGGAAGAGACCUUGUCGAACGCGACACUGCCCCUCUACCCCCGGAGAAAGUUCGCCGUGUUCGCGGACCGAGGAUUCCACCCGAGGUACCUGAUGACGGAGGCGCUCAAGCGGAUGAACGCGGGGCUCGGCAACCGGAGGGCAGAGACGGGGUCUAUUUUUGCAGAUUGGGAAAGUGCGCCAGGGGAUGAUGUUGGGGAGAUUGUGCGGUUUUGGAGAGAGAAUGCCCGGGAGAGAGACUGGGAUGCCAGGUAUUUUGUUUUGGUUAGGAAGGAUGCGUGGGAUCAGGGGAAGGCUGAUAUGAUCAGCCUUCAGGAUGGUCAGGACAAGGCCCAUGAGACCACGAUUGAAUACGAGGUGAAAGAAACCAACAUGGACAACCAAGGUGGUGCUGGACCAUAG